CCGCCAAGCACGCCCCCCCCCCCCCCGCCCCCCGAAAGUGCCGCCAUGACCUCCACCACAGACUUCGACAACGCGGAGAUCACGCAGCAGUACAGUCGCGUCAACACGCGCUUCGAGCUUCCCGACGAGGAGCUGGACAACGACAACAGCUCGGCGCGCCUCUUCGAACGCUCGCGCAUCAAAGCCCUCGCGGACGAGCGCGAGGCGGUCCAGAAGAAGACGUUCACCAAAUGGGUCAACUCCAUCCUGUCCCGGGUCAGCUGUCGCAUCUGCGACCUCUACUUGGACCUGCGUGACGGACGCAUGCUCAUCAAGCUUCUGGAGAUCUUGUCCGGCGAGCGGCUGCCCAAACCCACCAAGGGCAGGAUGCGCAUCCACUGUCUGGAGAACGUGGACAAGGCACUGCAGUUCCUGAAGGAGCAGCGCGUCCACCUGGAGAAUAUGGGCUCGCACGACAUCGUCGACGGCAACCACCGCCUCAUCCUCGGCCUCAUCUGGACCAUCAUCCUCCGCUUCCAGAUCCAGGACAUCAUCGUGGAGACCGGCCAGGCCGACAAGAAGGAGACGCGCUCGGCCAAGGACGCUCUUCUUCUGUGGUGCCAGAUGAAGACGGCGGGUUAUUCCAGCGUGAACAUCACAAACUUCACCACUAGUUGGAAAGACGGGAUGGCCUUCAAUGCUCUCAUCCACAAACACCGACCAGAUCUGGUGGACUUCAACCAGCUGAAACGGUCCAACCCGACGCACAACCUGCAGAACGCCUUCAACGUGGCCGAGAAGCAGCUGGGCGUGACCAAGCUUUUGGACCCGGAGGACGUGUUCACGGAGAACCCGGACGAGAAGUCCAUCAUCACGUACGUGGUGGCCUUCUACCACUACUUCUCCAAGAUGAAGCAGCUGGCCGUGGAGGGAAAGCGGGUGGGGAAAGUCCUGGACCACGCCAUCGCCACGGAGAAGAUGGUCAACAAGUACGAGACCCUGGCGUCGGAGCUGCUGGCCUGGAUCGAGCAGACCAUCCUGGUGCUCAACAACCGCAAACUGGCCAACUCGCUGUCGGGCGUCCAGCAGCAGCUGCAGGCCUUCAACACCUACCGGACGGUGGAGAAGCCGCCCAAGUUCCAGGAAAAAGGCAACCUGGAGGUGCUGCUCUUUACCAUCCAGAGUCGCAUGAGGACCAACAACCAGAGGGUCUACACACCCAAAGAGGGAGCGCUGGUCGCCGAUAUCAACAGGGCCUGGGAACGACUGGAGCGUGCCGAAAACGAGCGUGAGCGAGUACUGAGGGACGAGCUGAUUCGCCAGGAGAAGCUGGAGCAGAUGGCGAGACGAUUUGACCGCAAGUCGGCCAUGAGGGAGACGUGGCUUCUGGAGAACCAGCGAUUGGUAGCUCAGGAUAACUUCGGCUAUGACCUGCCGGCGGUGGAGGCGGCGAAGAAGAAGCACGACGCCAUCGAGACGGACAUCGCGGCCUACGAGGAGCGCGUCCAAGCCCUGGUGGACAUUUCCGGAGAGCUGGACGCCGAGCGUUAUCACGACGCCAAGCGGGUGGACGCCCGCAAGGACAACGUCGUGCGCCUGUGGGACUACCUGCAGGAGCUACUGAAGGCCCGCGGAGGGCGUCUGGACAAGAACCUGACGCUCCAGAGAAUCUUCCAGGAGAUGCUCUACAUCAUCGGCUGGAUGGAUGACAUGAAGGUUCGUCUGCUGUCUCCUGACAUUGGGAAACAUUUGCUGGAAGUGGAAGACUUGUUACAGAAACACGCUUUGCUUGAGAACGACAUCGGCCUGCAAGCGGACCGCGUCCAGAACGCCAGUGCUGCUGCCCUCCAGUUCGCCAACGGAGACAGUUACAAGCCGUGCGAUCCUCAGGUGAUCCGAGAUCGGGUUGAGCACCUGGAGCUCUGCUACCAGGAACUCCGCGGCCUGGCCGCCCAACGCAGGGCCCAGCUGACGCAGUCUCGCCGCUUCUGGAGCUUGUUGUGGGAGGCGGCGGAGCUGGAGAGCUGGAUCAAGGAAAAGGAGAAUAUCUUCUCCUCGUUGGACUACGGCAAGGACCUGACCAGCGUGCUGCUACUCCAGACCAAGCACAGCGCCUUCGAGGACGAGCUGGGUGCCCGCCAAGUCAAUCUGCGGCAGGUUCUAACUGAAGGCGACGAGAUGAUCCGCGACGACCACUUCGGGUCGCCAAAGAUCCGAGAGUGCUCGGAUAGCGUCGAGAGGCAGUGGCGGCAACUGGAGGAUCUCGCGGCCUUCCGGAAACAGAACCUCCAGGACACGCAGAGAUUCUUCCAGUUCCAAGGGGACGCCGACGAACUCACGGCCUGGCUGCUGGACGCCAAGCGGCAGAUGAGCAGCGAUGACGCGGGUCACGACGAGUACACCACCCAGCGGCUCCUGCGACGCCACGACGACCUCCGUAACGAGACGGCCACGACGGCCGGCACCGUGGACGCGCUGUCCAAGCAGGCCAACGCGUUGCCUGAGGAGCUGCUGAAUACGCCCGACAUCCAGCGCCGGCUCAAAGACAUCAAAGACCUCUUCGUGGAGCUCAUGUCUCUGGCCGACAUCAGGCAGAAGAAGCUGGAUGACGCCAUGGCGCUGUACACCAUCUUCAGCGAGACUGACGCCUGCGAGCUCUGGAUGGGACAGAAGGAGACUUGGCUCGUGGAUUUGGAGGUGCCCGACAAGCUGGAAGACCUGGAAGUGGUCCAGAAUAGGUUGAGCAUUCUUGCUCAGGAUAUGGCAAACGUUCAGUCGAGAGUGGAUGACGUCAAUAAGGCGGUGAAACAAUUGGAGGACAGCAGACACCCUCGCACCAAAGAGGUGAAGGAAUGCCAGAUGAGACUGAAUAAAAGGUGGGACGCCUUCAAGGCCAUGGUGGAGGACAAGAAGAGGAAGGUGGACUCUGCGGUGAGCCUGCACAGCUACGGAGUGGAGUGCGACGAGACCGAAGCGUGGAUCCGUGACAAGACUCGCGUCAUCGAGUCCACGCAGGACCUGGGCAACGACCUGGCCGCCGUCAUGACCAUCCAGAGGAAGCUGUACGGCAUGGAGCGCGACUUGGCCGCCAUCGACUCGAAACUUGAUUCCCUGAGGGCCGACGCCGAUCGAUUGGCAACGGAGCACCCGGAGAACGCGCCGGGCAUCCUGGACCGCCGGGCCAAGCUGGACGCGCCCUGGGAUGAGCUCAAAAAGACCCUGAAAGACCGCGAGGAUUCGUUGGGCGAAGUCAGCAAGCUGCAGACAUUCCUGCAGGACUUGGACGAUUUUCAGUCCUGGCUCUUCAAAGCUCAGAAGGCCGUGGCCUCGGAGGAGAUGCCAACUUCGCUGCCCGAGGCUGAGGAGCUGCUGAGCCUCCACGACGCCGUUCGCGCCGACAUCGACGACCACGACCAGGACUUUCGCGGUAUCAAGUACACGGGUGCACACGUCACCAGCGGCCAAGAGGACGACCCCCAGUACCGUGAGUUGGAGCAGACGCUCGGCGGUCUGGACCGAGGUUGGUACGAGCUCCAGAAGAUGUGGGACCGACGCAAGAACUUCUUGGACCAGGGCUUGGGCUUCCAGCAGUUCUUAAGAGACGGCAAGGCGGUCGAGGCCAUCCUCAACAACCAGGAGUACACGCUAGCCCACGUGGACUUGCCAGACACGCUGGCCGGGGCCGAGCAGGCCCUGAAGAAGCACGAAGACUUUGUGAGCACCAUGGAUGCCAACGAGGACAAGAUCGAUGGCGCCCUGCAGGGUGGCAAGCGGCUGGUGGACGGCGAAAACCUGUACGCGGGAAAGGUCCAGGACAAAAUGGAGUCCAUCGGUGACCGCCGCGGCAAAAACAAAGCGAGAGCCCAGGAGGUGUCGGAGAAGCUGCGAGACAACCGAGAUCUGCAGCACUUCUUGCAGAACACGCAAGAUCUGACUCUGUGGAUCAAUGAGAAGAUGCUAACGGCUCAGGACACGUCGUACGACGAGGCCCGGAACCUGCACAGCAAGUGGCUGAAGCAUCAGGCCUUCAUGGCCGAGUUGGCCUCCAACAAGGCCUGGCUGGACAAAGUGGACCAGGAGGGCCAGGAACUGAUGGCUUCCAAGCCCGACUUGGAACCGGUGGUGCAGGAGCGCCUGGCCGCCCUCCGCCGGCUGUGGGAGACGUUGGAGUCCACCACGCAGGAGAAGGCCCGGCUGCUGUUCGACGCCAACCGCUCGGAGCUGCUGGACCAGAGCCUGGCCGACGUCGGGAAGUGGCUGGGCGAGCUGCGGCAGCAGCUUCAGGGCGCCGCCGCCGGAGACGACGGGAGCGGCGCCGGUGGCGAAGACGUCAAAGACCUGACCACCGCCAACAUCCUGCUGAAGAAACACCAGGUGAUGGAGAACCAAGUGCGCGAUCGCGCCCGGGAGCUGGAGGAGCUCCAGGAGGCGGUGAGGAUGCACGACGGCGCCGACGGCGAGAGGGAGGAACAGCGGCCCGAGCUGGAAGUGGAGCAGCGGAGUCUGCAGGCGCAGUUCCAGCAGCUGAUGGCACCCUUGGCCCAGCGCAGGGGUGAACUGGAGGCCGCCAAGGCCCUGCACCAGUUCUACAGGGACCUGGCUGAUGAGCUGCUAUGGAUCGAAGAGCGGAUGCCGCUGGCGCUGUCGCAGGAUCACGGCAACGACCUGCAAACUGUGCAGAUGCUGCUCAAGAGGAACCAGACGCUGCAGAGGGAGAUCGAUGGCCACCAGCCUCGCGUGGACGAGGUUCUGGAGCGAGGGCGCAGGAUGGCGGCGGCGGGCGAGGAGGGACCGGGCGGCGCCGAGGGCGGGCGACUCGCCGGGGAGCUGCGCCGGCUGGAGGAGGCGUGGCCGCGGCUCCGGGAGGAGAUGACCCGUCGCAAGGACAGGCUGGACGCGUCCCACCGGGCGCAGCAGUUCUACAACGACGCCGACGAGGCCCAAGCGUGGAUUGGCGAGCAGGAGCUCUACAUGAUCGUUGAGGAAAAGCCCAAGGACGAGCAGAGCGCCUCGUUGAGUCUGAAGCGCCACAACAUCGCCAAGCGGGCCGUGGACGACUACGCCGACUCCAUCCGGAACCUGUCGGAGCGAGCUCAGAACAUGUUGGCGGAGGAGCACCCCGACGGCGAGAAGAUCAUCCGGCGUCAGGGCCAAGUGGACAAGCAGUACGCCGGCCUGAGCGAGCUGGCCGAGGACCGGCGCAGUAGGUUGGAGAACGCGUGCCGCUACUUCCUGCUCAGCCGCGAGGUGGCCGACCUGGAGCAGUGGAUCACCGAGCGCGACGUGGUUGCGUCCUCGCAGGAGAUGGGCCAGGACCUGGACCACGUCACGCUUCUGAGGGAGAGGUUCCGCGAGUUUGCGCGCGAGACGGGCGCGCAGGGUCAGGAACGCGUGGACGCCGCCAACUACGCCAUCGACCAGCUGAUGGCGGCGGGCCACGACGGCGGCGGCGGCGAGGCGGCGGCCGUGGCCGAGUGGAAGGACGCCGUCAACGAGAGUUGGGCCGACCUGCUGGAGCUCAUCGACACGCGCGCUCAGCUGCUCAACGCCUCCUACGAGCUGCUCAAGUACUUUGACGACGGCAAGGAGCUGGUGGUCCUGAUCCAGGACAAGCAGAAGGAGCUCCCCGAAGACGUGGGCGAGGACUUCGGCAAAGCCGAGACCUUCCACAGGAUGCACGCCGCCUUCGAACGCGACAUCGCCUCUCUGGGAAAGCAGGUGGAGCGGCUCCAGGAGGCGGCGGCCAGGCUGCGGGCCCAGUACGCCGGCGACCUGGCCGACUCCAUCCAGGCGCAGGAGCGGGCGGCCGUCGAGGCCUGGAAGGCGCUGCUGGACGCCUGCGACGGGCGCCGCAGGCGCCUGCUGGACACGGCCCACAAGUUCCGCUUCCUGGCCCUGGUGCGAGACCUCCUGGCCUGGAUGGAGAGCGUCGUCCGGCAGAUCGACACCCAGGAGCACCCGUGCGACGUUUCCUCGGUGGAGCUCCUGCAGAAGUACCACCAGGGCAUCCGGUCCGAGAUCGAAGCGCGCGGCGGCAAGUUCGCCGAGUGCGCCGAGGCGGGCGCGGCCCUGCUGGCGCGCCGCCACCGAGACUCCGCCGAGAUCCAGGAGAAGAUGAGCGACGUGGAGGCCAAACGUGAGGAGAUGAUGAUCCGGUGGGACGACCGCUGGGACCGCCUGCGACUCAUGCUGGAGGCGUGCCAGUUCGCGCGCGACGCCUCGGUGGCCGAAGCCUGGCUGGCGGCUCAGGAGCCGUACGUGGGCAGCCGGGAGCUGGGCCGCUCGCUGGCCGACGUGGAGAAGCUGCUCAAGCGCCACGAGGCCUUCGAGAAGUCCACCGCCGCCUGGGAGGAGCGCUUCUCGGCCCUGGAGCGCCUCACCACCUUGGAGCUGCUGGAGCUGAGGAGGAUGGAGGAGGAGGAGGCGGCGGCGACGACGACGACGACGUUCGUCGGAGAGGAACGGCAACCCGACGGGCAAGGCAGCAGGAGAGACGACACCGGCUUCGCCGAAUCUUCGCAACUCUUCACGGUGGAGGAAGAAACUCUGUCCGGCGCGGCCGAGCCCAGUUCGGGCAUCCCCGAGGCCCGGCCCGAGAUGAAGGAGAGCGGCUCCCCGGAGCCGUCCGUCUCGGCGGUCUCGCCGGCGCCGGAGGAGGCCGAGGCCCAGACGGUGCUGCGGGAGGGCGUCCUGGGACGCAAGCACGACGUGGGGGGGUCCGGGAAGAAGGCCUCCAACAGGUCUUGGAACAACUUGUACUGCGUCCUGCGCCCUGGUCAGCUGUGGGCCUUCAAAGACCCCAAAAGCUGCGCCCACGGCGCCACCUUCCACGGCGAGGACCCGCUGGCCCUGAGGGACGCCAGCUGGGAGCUGCUGACCAACUACAAGAAGAAGAAACACGUGGCCAAACUCCGCCUUGCGGACGGCAGCGAAUAUUUGUUCCAGUGCAAAGAUGAGGAGGAGCUGCAACAUUGGAGCCAGGCCAUGGCGAGGGCCCUCCAGUGGCCCGCGGACGAAGAGACGGCGGCGGACGGGGACGAGCGGGGGUCGUCGCCGGGGGCCGGAACCCAAAGCCCGCCCCCGCCGGCCUCACCCGGCCCCGCCGCCAGGAAAGACAAAGAGAAGAAGUUCGGUCGCUUUGCCAAGAAGAAGUGAGGGAGGCCGCGAGGUUGGCGGGCGUCCCCGUGGCAACCGGCCGCGUCCAAUCAGUUAAGCAACGUUGCUUCCAAAUGUCGCUUUAUUAUUAUUAUUAUUACUUUUUUUCUUUAAACUCAAAUCACACAAAUACUUUGCAACCAAAGAAUUAUUUUUGUUUUUGCCGCAAGUCGCCAGUUCGCUUUCUUUAUGUGCGUCGCACAACCGAAUUGGUCAAGUUUGCCGUUUGAUGAUUUCGCACUUAUAAAUUGAAAUUUAUAAAAUUGAUUUUUUUCCUGAAAAAAUGUUCAAUUUCAUUAAAAAAUAACAGUUUCUUUAAAACAUACAUUCAAGAUGUGAAUUUAUUUUUUUCUUGAAUUAAAAGAUUGUAGCAUUAAAUUUAAUUUUGACAGGUUAUUGCAUCAAUAUUCAAAAUACUUUUGCAAUAUUUUUUUUCUGUGAAAUUACAAAUAACCAAAAUUGAGUGGCACUACUUCCUUGAGAAAAAUGACAAAAAUAUCCUACAAAAUGAUUCAAAAAAUGAACUGUCCUGGUGUGUAAUGUGCAACUACUCACUAAGAGUGAGAGUGAGGUUAAAAAAAAAAAAAAAAAAAAAAUGUAUUACUGUCUACCAUUUUUUGCUCGAGAAUAAAAAGGUGUCAGCUAAUAUAUUCGCAAUUAUAGCGAUGACCUGAUGUAUUUGUUCAAGAAGUUCAUAAUCUGGCGAGAGCAUUUUUUUAAAAAUUUUUUUCAAGAUAAAAACUCCACCUUAUUGUAAUAUUUUUCUAGUAUUGGAAUAUUGCUGUUUCACGAUAGCGAGUCUUGACAUUCCCUAAAAUUCCUUAGGGUUUUUUUUUUCUUGCACAACAAAAAUAAACAUAAUAUAGUUGAUUCUCCGGAUUUUCACAAGCGGCAGCAUUUUUGCCAAAGUUGCAUCAUAUUAAUCAGACAUUGAAUAUGUAAUCUCGGGUGCUGCACUUUGUUUUCCAAUUCUCGAAAAAAAAGACAUUUGUGUAAAUGUAAGCGCACAGAAAAUCGACUCAUGUUUAUCGUUAAUGUUUUGCGUUACAAGCUGUGGUUGCUGAAGAUUUUUUGUUCAUUUGUUUUUGAAAAGAAAAAAACGAAAAUUUCCUUUUGUUUGCAAAACACAGAUCAAACUCAUCAAAUGUGAUUUUUGUAUUCAUUGUGUGAUGACGGGAAAUAGCUAAUCGUGACUUUUUUUCUUAUUCCUGGAUUUAAAACGUUUGGAACAUUUCUUCGGAGAUGUUUGCAAACUUCUUAUGAUUGUGGAUGAAAAUUAAAAAGAAUUGACUAAUCGA